AUGAGUCGUGGUUUGAAAUUUGAACGUUUACUUCAGCGUUUAGAAACAUGUUCUAACAAUCUCAUGAACCGCGAUGAAAUCAAUUCCCUUGCACAACAAAUUAAACAAAUGGAUUCAAUUAUGAAACCAUUUCAAUUUUACCCGACUUAUGUUUUUGAUGAAACAAAGCAUGUAGUAGAUGUGGUCGCUAAGAAAUAUCUUGAUAAAGCGACCGCUGAUACACAUCAUCUUGUUCCUGCUGACGUUCCUGGUGAUGGAAAUUGUUUAUAUCAUUCUAUUGUUCUUUUGAUGAACAAUCCAUUAGUGACGGCUAGUGAAUUGCGAGUUCGAACAGUUAUUGAACUUAUAACUAAUGAAAACCAUUACGAUACAAUAUACGCACGAUAUGCAGGAAAUACCGAUAUUAUUAUUCAAGCAGCUUGCAAAAAGGGGAUGUAUUCUGAAAUACAUGAAGUUGCUGCAUUAUGCAAUGCAAUUUGGGAUAGCGUCUUCACACCUAUUCCACCUAUUAUUGAAAAUUGUGAUAUUGUAGUCUUUUGGUCAUGUACUUUACAUGAAAAAGAUGCUCGAAAAGCAUAUAAUGGCUUAUGGAGGCCAAAUCAUUUUGUACCACUUCUGUCGCCACCUAUUCCUAAUGCAGUCAACAGUCAAUCAAUAUCACUUGUUGUGACACCGGAGAAGAGAACGUUCAAAAACGAUACUGUUGCUCAAAUACGAAUACCUGAAUUUCAAUCUUCUCCAAGUAGACGAUUUCGAAAUGAAGAUGACAUCGACAAUGAUUUCAUCCAAACAGACGUUUCAAUUCCAGUAGAAACGGAAAAGAAUAAUAAGAAAGAAAGACGUCAAAUUCAACUUCAGAAGAAACGAGAGCGAAGCCGAUCAAGUCGAAUGAAUGAAACAGAAGAACAGCGGCAAAUUCGUCUUCAGAAGGACAAAGAAAGAGUCCGUUCCAAACGAAUGAAUGAAACAGCAGAGCAGCUACAAAUUCGCCUUCAGAAAGAAAAAGAGCGAAGUCGAUCUAACCGAAUGAAUGAGACAGAACAGCAUCAGAAAAAUCGACUCGAUCAACAAAAGAAACGAAGUGAAGCAAAUAGAACUAAAAAGAAACAUGAAAUUAUCAGUGGCGAACAAGACUCUAUUCGUUCACCUUGGCCGGAACCGAUUUCUCGUGAUUUAAAAGAAGCUCGUUUGCAGCAAUUUUUAGAACAGAUGUCUAUGAAACAAUUAGCUGAAGCAACUUGUGCAGUUUGUAACAUUCGCACUCCAGCAAAAGAUUCGAAAAAAAUACCCAUCUCAAAAAUUCCUAAUAUGGAUUUGCUAAAAGUUUCUGAAGAUCUAAAAACUUUAAUUAAGAAUUCAAUGGAAAAUACUGCCACUCACACUGAUGAUAGCAAUAUACGUACGACAUCUCAUAUUAAAAGUAUGUAG